AUGCAUUAUGCCAGUAAGGUGCACUUUCAAGCUUCUAAAAAGAUUGUCAGAUAUAUUAAGGGCACAGUAAAUUAUGGUAUCAAAUAUUUCUACUAUCAGGAUUUUAAGCUCUAUGGUUAUUUUAAUAGUGAUUGGGCAAGUUCAGUUGAUGACAUGAAAAACACAACAGCUAUUGAGGCAAGAAGGAGUGUUGCAAGAAUGUUUUAUCAGUUGCAUUAUUCAUUAGCAACUGAUACGAUAACUCCAGUGCAAUCCAAUAGUGAUGGUGAGACAUUGAAAAUUCCUAGGGCAGUUGUGUGGGUUGCAAAUAGAAACAGCCCAAUUGCUGAUGCAGGAGGAGUUUUAACCAACAACAGUGAUGGAAAAUUGAUACUCUUUGAUGGAACAAACAACACUGUUUGGUCUUCAAAUGUCUCUAGAAAAGCAGAAGGUCCAGUGGCACUACUCUUAGAUUCUGGAAACUUUGUUGUUAAAGACAACAAAACAAUGAAACCUGCGGUUGAGAUCUAUCUGUGGCAGAGCUUUGAUUACCUGUCAGAAAUACUGUUGCCGGGCAUUAAGCUUGGAAGGAACUUAAAAACUGGAUCAGAAUGGUUUUUAACAGCUUGGAAAAGUGCUGACGAUCUGUCUCCAGGAAACUUUUCUUGCAGACUCAGUAUUCAAGGUUUGGCUUCUUUAGUUACUUACAGAGAUUUAAAUAGCGGUCGCAGUCACGUUUUCAAUCGCGUAACGUUUGUCGCGUUUUCAGAUAUAACAGAGAUAAUUGCGAUCACUGUGAUCAUCACGGAUCAGAUUCUCUAUCUUCAUUUUGAGAGCCAAGUUGACUCCAUCUUUAUUCCUGAGGCCUUUGUUCUUAAUAUAUUUGAGGUUGAGAAUAUAUUUGAGGAUGAUACAUUUGUGGUGAAGGGUAUAUUAUCUAUGUAUAUCAUAUUAAAUUAUUAA